UGCCGGUCCUUUAACAAUGGGCGGCGCGGUCGCCCCGGCGGUGGGCCCGAGCUGAGGCUGGUGCUUCGCGGCCGACUGUCCGCAGCAUGAACGGGGCCGGCACCCCCCGCACGCCGGCGGGGCUGGGGCUGUGAGGGCCGCGGUUCCGGACUGAGUUGCCGCGUCUGGCCGGGCGCGCCGCCGGGUCCCAUGGAGCUGGAGGGGCAGUGGUGGCGAGGACAGCUGGCUGCGGAUAUUCACCAAGCGCUUCGGUACAAGGAGCUCAAGUUGCCCUCCUACAAGGGCCAGUCCCCUCAACUGAGUCUCAGACGGUAUUUUGCUGACUUGAUUGCCAUUGUAAGCAAUCGCUUCACACUGUGCCCUUCUGCCCGACACCUUGCUGUCUAUUUGUUGGACCUGUUUAUGGAUCGCUAUGACAUCUCUAUCCAGCAGCUACAUCUAGUUGCUCUUUCCUGUCUACUUCUAGCAAGUAAAUUUGAAGAAAAAGAAGAUAGUGUGCCUAAGCUAGAACAGCUCAACAGCCUGGGUUGUAUGACUAACAUGAAUCUAGUGUUAACAAAACAAAAUCUGCUACAUAUGGAACUAUUACUAUUAGAAACCUUUCAGUGGAACCUCUGCCUUCCAACAGCUGCUCAUUUCAUCGAGUAUUAUCUUUCCGAAGCAGUACACGAAACAGAUCUUCAUGAUGGCUGGCCAAUGAUUUGCUUGGAAAAAACUAAACUUUACAUGGCCAAAUAUGCAGAUUACUUCCUAGAAGUAUCUUUGCAAGAUUAUGCCUUUCUAAAUUAUGCACCUUCUUUAGUAGCUGCUGCGUGUGUGGCUUCUUCAAGGAUCAUACUUCGUCUUUCUCCAACAUGGCCUACACGACUGCAUCGUCUUACUGCUUACUCCUGGGAUUUCUUAGUGCAGUGUAUUGAGCGGCUGUUGAUUGCUCACGAUAAUGAUGUGAAAGAAGCAAACAAACAGAGAGGACAGGCAGGACCUCAGUCAGCACAGCUAAGUGUGUUCCAAACAGCCUCCCAGCCCACACGGCCAGGUCACUUUCAGCAACCCCAGUAUCUCCAUCAGACACAUCAGACCUCUCUGCAGUAUCGCCAUCCUGUAUCAGAACAACCAAGCUGUCAGCAGAUUGUGUCUACCACACACACCUCAUCUUACACACUACAGACGUGUCCUGCUGGCUUCCAAACUAGUGUUCAUGGCCUUGGGCAUGUGCAGACUGGUGUUGGGAUGUCACUGGCAAUACCAGUAGAAGUUAAGCCUUGUCUGACUGUUUCUUAUAACCGGAGUUAUCAGAUAAAUGAACAUUACCCUUGUAUUACUCCAUGCUUUGAGAGGUGAUUAUGUGCAAAGUUAGUAACUGGCCCAGGCUAUUUUGUGUCUUGAAGCUCUAGGGCAAGCUUUUUGUAAACGUGUUCAAGGAAAGGGAUCCCAGUGACACCAGAACUCUUCAGGUACCAGCACGAGUGAAUAUCCCUUUCAGUGCACCCUGAACACUGGGAGGACGGAGCAAACACUGCAGCAGUUUAACACAGUGUGUCAAAUCCUGUUACAACAAAUCCCUGGAUGACAGAAAUGUUCAAGCCCUGGCUGAUGGUCCAAAUAUUUCAAAAAUAUCCAAUACGACAGAAAAUCUGGACAGAUUAUAAUGUACUCUUUUGAGAUUUGACCUGUGGUGGGCUCUGGGCCUAAAGUUGGCUUAUAUGUCAAAGAUUAAUGUUUAUCUGUGGACUUGCCAAACACUCUUUUAUGAAGGAAAGUUACAGUAUUAAUUUUUGAAGGUGUCUUUUUUCUUUAUUAUUAUUCUACAGUUUUGAGUUUUGAAGUUGAUCUACAAAUGAAUUUUUGACUAAAUUUAAAGUCACUGAAUUGUUACACUGUACCAACCUGUGGAGUAAAAGAAAAUGAUUUUUUAGCUGAUUCUAUAGAAUGUCCUAUCAUAAAUGUAAAGGUAUCUGGAUUUAUGUGCUAAAAUUAAGGGUGGAGUAGAUCUCUUUAAAAUCAUGGUCAUAAUUUUUUGUUUUCUUUUUUUCCCUAAGCGAUCAACCUCAAAUCUUUAGAAUGAAAACACAUUUAACUCAGGGAAUUGGUACUACUUGGAAACACUUAACUGUAAUGCAACAUGCUUUGGAAAUGUUAUCAUAUGAACUACCGUUAUAACAGAUUAAAAUACUAUUAAGAUGUGUUUUCAAAUGAGAACAUAAUAUUGUGGCACAGAAUGGAUGAAGCGGUGAUUCCUAUGAUUCAUAAUACAUAUAUAUUUUGCAUUUCUUGGUGCAAUUAAUGAUUUACACUCAGAUUUGAUAUUACUCUAAAGGAAAGGUUUUUCAAGGGAAGGCCUAUCUGUAAAAAUAUCAUUACUAUAAUAAAGCUCCAUAGGCUGAGUUUGAAGUGCAGUAUGGCCAGCGUGGUUCUCAGGUUGUGCUACAGCAGCACUUUGUUAUGUGAAAUACAGGUUUCAUAAGCAGCCCUUGAAUCCAGCUAGUCAGUCUGAACAGGCAGGGGUACUGAUUACAAAAUUUCAGUACCUGCUUUUACUGGAUUAUCCCCACAACUGCCCUGGGACAUUUCACUGUACUGGUAAUGAGUGAAAACGACAUAGUAGUCAUGAUAGCAAGGGCAGUUUGCCUGUAAAGCAUUUUGGAGGAAUAAACUUAAAAAGAAAAUCAUAGUAAUAACUGAAACUAUACAUUGUGCUCUUAUCUGUGGGACAAGAGAUUUGGUGGAGGGAAGCUUUCUGGUUUAAAAAUUAGUAAGGUGUGUCUCUGUUUUUUUAAAGAUAGCACUUGAAUAGAAGGGAAUCUGCAUGGCAGGGAUGUGACUGCCACAAGGUGCAUUGAAGAUAAACUUCUUAAAAGAUGAGUGGGUAUGCAGCAGGAGUCUCAGUAAUCAAGCCAAUGGCCUUUGUUAGGAAGGGACUGAUCCACAUGGCUCCAGUGGAUGAAUGUGGGUGAGUGGCUUCUGCCAGCAUGAAUUCUUAGAGAAAUGUCCUUUUCUGUAAAGGAAAAUAACUUAUAUUUAGAGUAUAGAGAGCAUAAUGCGGAUUUAUUAGUCUGGUAGAUAAAUUUAAAAAAAACACUCAGGUAAGAACACACAUGACAUUUUUCAAGCAUGGAAAUUGUUUUUUGAAAGAAUCAUCACUUUUGCUCUUUAAAAGAAGGCUGCUAAUUGGAUUUUGGUAGUUCUUACCUUAAGAAAACUUGAAUUAGGAAAAGUGGGUUCAAGAGAGAAUAUAUCUUUAACAUUCACAUUCAGAACCCAGCAACCUGGAGUCCGGAUUUUCAGUAUUUUAACUACCUCAGUAAUACUAUGAAUGUAAAAUAUUAGGAUAGCGAUCCUAACUUGAACCAACAACCAGUGCCUGUGGUAAUUUAAUGUCUUGUCAAAUGCUUUUAUUGAUUGGUUUAUAUGUCAUUCUUGUUAUAGAAGAAUAUGCCUUUUUAAAGUUUAUUAACACGUUCCCAAUUUAUAUUUAAAAACUAAAGAACACUGGAUUAAUCUUUGUUGGGGGGAGUAGAAUAAACGAAUUGAUUACUCUUGCUGCAUACCCGCAGUGGGGUAGGGUGGUUGCACAACCAGAACUAUUUUUAAAACAUUUAGGUUUCAUUAUAAAUACAGGUCACAGUUGCUAGCAUUGGGGGAUAGGGGAGGUGUUGUAUAGGUUUUCUUUAAUUUAUUGAUUAGCCUUUAAAGCUGGGUGGUUUUUUUUUAUUUUGUUUUUGGUUGAGAUUACCGGACCAUCAUUAAGUGUGUACUGUGAAGGUAUUAAUGAUAUGUAUAAAGGGCUUUACCAAAGUCCAUUAAAUAAACACUACUCAAGUACAGACUGCAAACCAAAAUGUAUCUGUGUUAUGACAUGAAUUUCAAAUAGCAAAUAUGGUGCUAAGUUCUACACCAAUGGAAUAUUAGAUGAGUGCUAUGCACUUAAUUUUAAAAUAAAACUAGUUUUCAGUAAAAAGACUUUGGUGUUUUUAUUUUAAAUAAGAUUUGUAAUCUGCAGUUUCAUUCAUUGUCAGUCAGACACAGAAUUGUGGUUGUAUUUCCUAAGCUAUCCAGCUGUAGAAUGUUACCUGAAAUGGUGGGAAACAUCUGUACAUUCAUUAUGUCUUCCAUAUGGAACACUGAAGUCCCCAAAAGUAUACCAGACACCACUGUUACCUUUUGAGCUUAAAAUCAGUUUAACUAUGGACUCAGAUUUAUUCAGGAACCUGGUCUGAUUUCUAAGAAGUAAGGACACAAAAUGGACAGGAGUGUGGGAAGGAACAGGGUUAACAGUGAUGAUGGUCCCUUCACCUAAAUAAAAAGAUAAUUUGCUACUGAAUUCAACUUAGCAGAUGAAAUUUGUUUUGAAGAGUAAAAUGUAAUGGGUUUAUGCAAAAUACAUUAAGAAUUUAAAUUCACUAAGAAAUCCUUUUGUGUCCCAGAAUUUUCAUCUGAGACACAGAGAUCUUCCAUCUACUCAUUCACUCUCCAAAUGUCCGCAACAGCUGAAGCCAAUACCUUGAAACUUAAUCUAGGUCUCCCACAUGGUGUCAGAAACCAGAAGGCUUAAGUCAUUGUUAUUUGCUACCUCCCAUGGUACACAUUUGCAGGAAGCUGGAAUUGAAAGCAAAACUGGGACUUGAACCCAGGUACUUUGAUAUAGGAUGCAGGCAUCUCAGGUGGCAUCUUUUUUUUUUUUUUUGACAGGCAGAGUUAGAGUUAGAGAGAGACGGAGAAAGGUCUUCCUUCUGUUGGUUCAGUCCCCUAAUGGCCACAAUGGCCGGCACUGCGCCAAUCCGAAGCCAGGAGCCGGGUGCUUCCUCCCAGUCUCCCAUGUGGGUGCAGGGACCCAAGCACUUGGGCCAUCCUCCACUGCCUUCCCGGGCCACAGCAACCGGGACUAGUACCCAGGGUACCGGCACCGCAGGAGGAGGAUUAGCCAAGUGAACCACAGCACCGGCCAGUGGCAUCUUAACCACUGUGCCAAACAUCUGCCUUCCCAGAAAUCAUUUCUGAAAUUAGUCCUAUAACUACUGUGCUGUUACUUGCUGUGGCACAGAGGUAGGGUUUAAAACAGCCCUCAGGACUGUUAAUAUACAGUGUUCUUGAGGACUGACUUUAAGAUAAUGAGCAUUCUAAAUCAAGGCAGGUAGCUUUGCACUAAGGUGAUUCCAAAGCCCAAAAGACCAGUAUACAAUCAACUGCUCAGGAACAUGGUUUAAAACAAAACAAAACAAAAACAAACAACAGCUUCCCUAACCUCAAGCAGCUUGUCUCCACCUUGUGAAGUAUGGCUAGCACUCCUGAAACAAUUAGAAUGGUGUAGCUUAGUACACUGUUUAAUAUUGUGUUAGUUUAGGAAUCACUCAACAUCCUUUUUUUUUUUUUUUUGGACAGGCAGAGUUAGAGGUCUCCCUUUUCCGUUGGUUCACCCCCCAAAUGGCCGAUACGGCCAGCGCACUGCACCGAUCCAAAGCUAGGAGCCAGAUGCCCCCUCCUGGUCUCCCAUGCCAUGUGGGUGCAGGGCCCAAGCACUUGGGCCAUCCUCCACUCCACUGCCUUCCCGGGCCACAGCAGAGAGCUGGACUGGAAGAGGAGCAACCGGGAUAGAAGCAGCGCCCCAACUGGGACUAGAACCCAGAGUGCCAGCGCCGUAGGCGGAGGAUUAGCCUAGUGAGCCGCGGCACUGGCCUCAACAUCCAUUUUUAAAUCUGUUAGGUUUUUUGUAAAGUUCACUUGUAACCCACUGACAGCCUGCAGACCAGGCUGAGGCUCCCUGUGGAAAGAAUACCUGCUGCUAGCUUACGCUUACCUCACUAUCUUCUCUGCUCCCCAAACACACACUGCCUACCAGGUAAGCAUUGCCACCCUGAGAUGAAGUUCUUAAUCUGGAAUCCAUGAACUCCUGACAGGGUAUGCAACUUAAAUGUACAGGUUUUCCUCUGUUCAUAAGAUUCUGUUAGUUACCCUGUGGGAUCUGUGUUUAAAAUGGUAAGGGGCGAGGGAGUGGGCAUCUGGUGCAGUGAUGAGGACACUGCUUGGGAUGCCUGCAUCUCAUGUGAGGGUUCCUGGGUUAGAGACAUCUAGCUUCCCCUCUUAAAGAUAGCUCAUAUUGCUAUAGUAACAGUUGUCACAUAGAACCAAUGCUGAUACAUUAUUAGCAGAAGUCCAUACUUUCUUCAUGUUUCUUAUUCUGAGUCGUCUUCCAUCCCAGGUUCCCAUCCAGUAUAUCAUUACAUUUAGUGGUUAGGUAUUCUUAGGCAAUUCUGAUUUAUGAGCUUCAGACCUCCUUGUUUGUGAUGACACUGAUAAUCUUGAGGAUCACUGGUCAGGUACUUCACAGACUAAACAUGUUUCUUGAGGGCAGAGAUUGUGUCUUACUCAUCUCACACCCCUUUGUAUGAACAGGGAGCCACAAGCUCUUGGAACUUCAGAUAAAUAAAAAUUAACACAGUCCAAAAAUGAGCUGUGGCUAUUAAACAAAUGCAGUCUUGGGCUGAUUUAGAAACAUAUUCUGAGCACAAGAAGGCACAGUCCCAUCAGAUUCAGUACUAAUUAUAAUAUAUCUGGAAAAUCUUGUGUGCACAGUUUCAAUUAGAGUAGUGAUAAACCCAAGUAUGGCCACAAGCUGGUGAUGCAUCCAGAAAUCACUGUGUGUGGGAAACAACUGAAAGAACUGGUGGUGCCAGCGCUGUGGCAUAGCGAGUAAAGCCACGCCUGCAAUGCCGGCAUCCCAUAUGGGCACCAGUUCAAGUCUCAGCUGCUCCACUUCCGAUCCAGCUCUCUGCUAUGGCCUGAGAAAGCAGUAGAAGAUGGCCCAAAUUCUUGGACCCUUGCACCCGCAUGGGAAACCUGGAGGAAGCUCCUGGCUUCCAAUCGUGCAGCUCUGGCUGUUGCGGCCAUAUGGGGAGUGAACGAGAUGGAAGACUCACUCUCUAUCUCUCGCUUGCCCUCUCUGCCUCUCUGUAACUCUACCUUUCAAAUAAAUAUAUAAAUCUUUAAAAAAAAAAUAAAGGUGAGGUUUUCAUCUGGAGGAGAUUAAAAGAAGGUGAAACACCUAUUUUCCCAAAUAUGCAAAGAUGUCAUAAACUACUUCAAAGGGCAGAAUUAGGUCUAUGGUCAAAUAUUUUUCACAAGGCUGGAGCUAUAGUGCAGCAGCAGGUUAAAGCCCUAGCCUGCUGCACCAGCAUCCAAUAUGGGCACCUGUUCAAGUCCUGGCUGCUCCACUUCUGAUCCAGCUCCCUGCUAAUGUGCCUGGGAAAGCAGCAGAAGAUGGCUCAAAUCCUUGGGUCCACUAAAGUCUCCACCAUGUGGGAGACAAGGGCCCAAAGCUCCUGGCUCCUGUCUUCGGAUUGGCUUAGUUCCAGCUAUUGCAGCCAUUUGGAGAGUGAACCAGCAGAUGGAAAACCUCUCUGUGUCUCUCUACCUCUACCUCUCUGUGUAACUCUUUCAAAUAAAGAAUGAAAGAAAAAAAAAAUUUCACAUUCAAUGAAUGAAUAUAAGCCAGAAUGUUAAGCCAGAGUAAUGCUUUGAGCAUUCUGGAGUUCCUGUCACCAUAGGCCCCUGACUUAGACCAGAAAUGGGAUGGAAAUGAUCACUGGAUGUGGUGUAAAUCAGAGGGGAUGACUUCUAAGGUAUCUUCCAAUUCCCAAGAGUUUCUGUGACACUAAAGGGUUUCUGGAGAGUUCUUUUUCUUUUUUGUUAAAAAAAAAUCUUAUUCCUUCCUUCUGCUUUCUUUCAGUUUAGUUUGGUUGUUUGUACGAUUUAUUUAUUUAUUUAAUUGAAAGGCAGAUUUAAUUGAACAGGCAUAUCUUCCACCUGCUGGUUUAUAUUCCAGAUGGCUGCAACAGCUAGCCAGGGUGGGGCCAAGCUGAAGCCAGGAACCCUGAACUCCCUUUGGAUGUCCUACGAGGGAGACAAGAGUCCAAGCACUUGAGUCAUCUUCCACUGCUUUCCCAGGCACAUUAGCAGGGAGCUGGACUGGACUUCACAAACAGCAUGCCACGACGCCUGGCCCCUCUUGUUAGGCUUCAAGGCUCUGUGACUUUAGCUGGGUGUAGAAGGGAAAAGCUUUGGCUGGACCAGAGCAGUCUGCAGGUGGGUGCCAUCACCUCCAGUGACAGCACAAAGCAGCCUGCACCAGCCUGGCUGAAGGCUUUCCCUCCUACGCUCAGCUCGACUGCUGGACAGUGAGGACAAACUCACUGAGACUUUGUGGAGGAAACAAGAUUGAGUGAUCGAGAUGAAGCUGGGUUAUGGAGUUUUGAAAGCCAGAAGAGAAUACAGACUUCGUGGAGGUCAGAGAGAUCUCUGAGGAUUUAUGAUAUCAUACAG